AGCAGAAUGAAAGCGAUGGCUCGUCUGACGCUCCUUCUUGUUCUGCUGUGGGUCGGUACCACAGUGAGCACAGUGGUGGACGUGCACAAAAGAGUCGUUGGAGGUAAAAAGUGUGAUGACAAAGAGCGUCUGUAUCACGUGAAACUGGUCGAUCAUAAGAAUAAGUUUGUCUGUGGAGGAUCUUUGAUCAGUGACGAGUGGGUUCUGACUGCAUCUCACUGCUGGAAACCAAAACUGUUUGUCAUUAUAGGGGUGCAUCCAGGUCCAGGAAAGACAGUGGAGGUAAUCGAACCACCUCAGAGACUCCAGUGCCAUGACAUCAUGUUACUAAAGAUAGAAAAAUUUAAAACAAAGGUUCAGCCUAUAAAACUUGGUGACUGCACAACAAAACUGGCCUCAGUGCAGAUCGCAGGACAUGGCCCCACCAACGUGAACAGUAAAAAUGAAUUUGUACCCCAGAGAGUAGAUGAUCUUCAGUGUGCAGAUAUUAAAGUCGUUGCCUGUACUGACCUUGAUUACACUAUGUGGAACACACCGUCUACUGCUGACCACUGGUUCUGUGGUGAAGAUACUAAAGUGCAUGCAGCUCCUGUGACUCUGGUGGAGGAGUCGUGUUUCAAUGGUCAGCUCUACGUUUGA